ACAGUCCCUCAUUAGUCCCUCAUUGACUCAAGGACGUACAUUCAUGGCCACGGACGCUCUUCGAGCUCAGGUUGCCGCAAAAUGGCAGGAAUCAUUCAACCGCCUCAACCGGAGUGAGCCAGGGAUAACGGGCCUGAUGUCAUUCAGUGAGGCUUGGAACAUCGCGAUAGAAGCACUGAGGCCAAAGGAUUUAAGCAUUUCCCCCACCGAUACCACUUCUUCCCUCCAACGCUGGAACGCAGUCAAGCCGUCUAAGCAACAAGUUCGGAAUGCGUUUGCGCUUGUGAACCAAUGCAGGAAGCUUCCCCAUCUGCUCGAGGUGUUCUUGGAGGAGAUGCGCAAGAAGCAACCCUUGAUCACACGCGAGGUCAUAAUGUACAUGGAGAGCUACGAGAGCACCAACGACGUUCAAAUUGUCACGAAACUCAUCGGCAGACUAGUCGAGUGGUACGAAGCGUGGAUGCCAAACCCAGAACUAGGACUCGGGCCCAUACCAACGACCACAUAUACCGCCUCUUUCCACACGUUUCUGUUCUCGAUCCUUCCGCCCACCUUCUCAGCAGGGUUCAAAGCGCUAGUGGAAACCACCAUCCGAAGUCCACCGCACACGUUCUCCCACCUAUGGCCGAUCUUUGAGUCCCUGGGCCUCAUUGACCGUUACGAGACACUCAUCGCCAGCGUUGGGUACGAGUUCAUCGAGGCGCAUGUGAAGGAGACCUGCCAGCAGCGGUGGGGACAGCCGUUGCUUCCCCAGCUCCGGACGUGGAUGGCGGACACGGUGGUACCCUGGAUGCUGUCACCUUACGCUCGCGGUGCAAAGAAUGUUGACGAGGCGAAGGUGAUGAUGCAAGGCGUCGGAUCACGCUUCGACUUCCACAUGCACAAAACGUUGUGCGACCUUAGAACGAGUGAAAUAUUCGGAAUCAUCGUUGACUAUCCCGAUUCUACCGGCGCGCUGCAAGACCUGAAGGAAUGUAUGAAUCGAGUGGAUCAGCGGUCCGACCUGGUGCACGCACUUCGGCAAACCAACAAGCGGCGUCUCCUACAUCCAGGAGCGGAUACAAAGGAUAUUCUCGCACAAUACGUGUCUACAAUCAAGUGUCUCCGUGUGAUUGAUCCCCCGGGUGUGCUUUUGUACAAAGUAGCGGAUCCCAUUCGCCGCUAUCUGAGAGAACGGCCGGAUACAAUCAGGUGUAUUGUCGCUAGCUUGGUCGGCGAUGGCGAAAGCGGGGAUUCGUUAGUCGACGAUAAUGAACCUAUUCAACCUCUCCAGCAGCCGGACGUUGAGAACUACACGGACCCGGAGUGGAAUCCCGAACCCAUCGAUGCAGGGCCAGACUUCCGAGCGAACAAACCUAGCGAUGUCAUCAGCACACUUGUCAGUAUCUAUGAUUCGAAGGACCUGUUCAUCAAGGAGCUUCAGGUUUUGCUUGCGCAACGCCUGUUAGCUGUAACGGAUGGUAACUAUGACCGGGAGCGUCGGAACGUUGAGAUUCUCAAGAUCAGAUUCGGAGAACCGGCGCUGCAAGUUUGCGAAGUCAUGUUGAAGGACAUGGACGACUCGCGACGGACGGAUCAACAUGUCCAAUCUCAAAAGACGAGCGACAUGCAUCCCACUAUCAUAUCCCGUCACUUCUGGCCCACUCUUGAGACCAGCGACUUGAAGAUGCCGGGCCAGUUCAAGGCGCUCCAGGAACGGUACGCAAAAGAAUAUUCUGUCUUCAAGCCAGACAAGUACCUCAAGUGGCUUCCGAACCUUGGGCGCGUACAUUUGGAGCUUGAGCUUGAGGAUCGCACAGUGGACGCUGAUGUGCCUCCGCUCGAGGCAGCGUUCAUCGAGCUUUUCUCGGAGAAAGAUGUAUGGGCUGUCGAUGAUCUGAUGUCCAAGGUUGGGACGGUGCCUCGAAGUGCCGCACUCAAAGCAUUAGGUACAUGGGUAGACUUGCACGUCCUGACGGAGGAUUCCGAAGGCGUGUUCCGUCUGCUGAAUGUCACGGAAGAUACGGGAGCCAGGGCACCCGUGCCUAGACCAGGAGCGGAAGAAGAGUUACCCUCAAUCAUGAGCGUGCAGCAGCAACAAGCAGAACAAAUGAAGGUUUACUGGAAGUUCGUUGAAGGGAUGUUAACGAACCUGGGUGCGCUUAGUCUGGAUCGCAUCCAGACCAUGCUAAAGAUCGCCCCUGGUUAUGAUCGGACCAUUGAGCAACUUGCAGGGUUUAUGGAGGCCGCACGCAGGGAAGGUCAUGUUUCAGUCAAGGAUGGGAUGUGGAAGCUCGCUCGUUGACUCGUUUUACUAGUGUUUUACUUCAUAAACAAUGUGCCCUCGCUAGAAGUGAAAGAAAA